GACGCGGCUGGUCGGCAAUAUUGAUUUGAUAACAAAUUCAGGGCACAAGUCGGUAACACAAUGUUAUACCGGCUGUAUUUCGCAUUUCGCAUUUCGCGUUUCGCAUCUUGCCCUGCACUUGCGCUGUACUUAAUUUGCAUUUCUUUUUAUGGUGAAAGCAUUCGUUCUCCUGUCUUAAAAUUGAGUUCUCGCGAUUGCAAUUCUUUCCUCCCUUGCCUUUUAUCGAGUCACUAGUUUGAGUGCUUGCUUGGGUGUAACCUCGCAUCUCUAUCAACCCAAUCGCCCUCGGUUUCAUUCACUAGCCACCAUGUCCGCAGAAAUUCAAAAGGAUAGAGAUGUCAUAUUUGCAAGCCGAGAGUCUGGCGGCGUCGCCUCGAUCGAUCAGGAUGUUGAGAAAGAGGACUUCGAAGAUGAAGUUCCUGGUCAGGUCGCAAAAAAAUGGCGUGGAACCCGAGCAGAUCAACAGGAUAUGGCAGCAUUAGGGAAGAAACAGGUUUUGCGCGUAUGUUCCUCCCAAUAAUAAGAAAGUAGGAAUAAUGACUGACGGAAUGAUAUGCAGCGAAAUUUCAAAUUUAUAACUAUGUUGGGAUUCGCGAGUACUGCCAUGGCGUCUUGGGAGCUCUUACUACCCCUCUUUACGUUCGUCAUGGUAGAUGGAGGAACGGCCGAUCUUUUCUGGGGGUUUAUUGUUGCUGCUUGCGGCAUGUCGUUGGUCUAUGCUAGUAUUGCUGAAAUGGCCUCGAUGUGCGUACCAUUUUCUUAAAUUCUGGCCUUAGUCCCCCCACAUUCUGAUAACUAACGUGCGGAGAAUGACAGAUCUCCGACAGCAGGUGGUCAGUACCACUGGGUCUCAGAAUUUGCCCCUCCAAAAGUCCAGAAGCUCCUUAGUUAUAUCGUAGGGUGGCUCUCCGCCAUUGGAUGGCAAGUAUAUCUCGCAGGUGUAUGCUUCAUGAUCGGUGGCAUUCUUCAAGGUCUUAUAGCACUCAACAAAGCCGACUAUGUCUAUGAGCCAUUCCAUGCAACAUUGCUCGCUAUUGGUGUUGUAACCUUCUCAGUUGUGUUCAACACUUCACUGGCCGAACGUUUACCAUUAAUUGAGGGUAUCAUUUUGAUUCUUCAUUUGAUUGGCUUUUUCGUUAUCAUAAUUCCACUUUGGGUCAUGGCACCACGUGCCGAUGCAUCUACCGUUCUCAUGAACUUCAGCAAUGAUGGCGGAUGGUCUUCAAAGGGGCUAGCAGCCAUGAUUGGACUAACGAGUCCAAUGAGUGUGUUGAUUGGUUAUGAUUGCUCCGUGCAUCUAGGUAUGUUUCACCACAGAAGGAUGUUACAUUAAUAGGAUACUAAUAUUCACGUGUGAAGCUGAGGAAAUUCAGGACGCAUCCUGGGUGGUUCCAAGAGCCAUAAUGUGGUCGGUGGGCCCCAACGCUACUAUGGGAUUCCUUAUGGCAGUGACUUUAAUCUUCACCCUAGGAGAUCUCGAGGCCGUUCUGGAUACUGUGACUGGUCAGCCUUUCAUGCAAGUAUUCUACAAUGCAACCCAAAGCUACGCGGCCACAAACGUUAUGUGCAUUGUUGUGGUCAUCCUCCUACUUUCCUGCUGUAUCAGUGAAGUUGCCGCCGCAUCACGACAGAUUUGGUCAUUUGCUCGAGAUGGAGGUCUACCAGGCUCGAACUGGUUGUCGCAGGUAUCGCCCGGGUGGAAUAUCCCGCUUCGCAGUGUCUGCGUCUCUAUUGCCGUCUCGUCUCUCCUUUCUCUCAUCAACCUAGGAUCUUCCGUGGCACUCAAUGCCAUCAACUCGCUUGGCGGUGUUUCAAUUCUGUGCUCUUAUUACAUCACCAUCAGCUGUCUGAUAUGGCGCCGUAUGCAGGGCCCACUCCCUUCACAUCGGUGGUCCCUCGGCAAAUACGGCAUGGCUAUCAACAUUGCCUCUUUGUGUUUCCUAACACCCAUUACAUUUUUCUCGUUUUGGCCUCUCCAGACACCCGUUACCGCCCAGAACAUGAACUGGUCGAGUGUGAUGUUUGUAGCGACACUGUCUGUAGCCUUGAUUUAUUAUUAUUUUAAGGCAAGGCAUGUGUACACCGCACCUGCGCUUGCGAUUAAGAGAAGGGAAUGAUGAAACAAAACCAGGCGCUCUUGCAUUUUAGCAAUGAGAUAUUUUACUACUGUAUAUAGUCGUUUUCAUUUGACGGAAAUAAAAUUUACCGAUUUUUAAAUUUCAACAUAAUUUUCGCACGCUUAUAUUGACUUGCAACGUCAUUCACCCAAAUACUCAAAAACUCGCCCUUAGGUAUAGCCUAUUUCAUUGUUUACGUUGAAGAUCGUACUUCUCCACCGUAAUUUUUCAUCUCGCUCAUGACAUGCAGCAGCACAGUUGUUCAAACAAAAUAUUCAAGCUCCGAGAAAUAUGUCACCACGUUAAC